AUGGCUGUCGACCCCGCCACCCGGAAGCGGCUCUCCUUCACAUUCAUCCUACCGCUGUUUCCCAAACUCCUCGAGUUCUACCGCGACCGCGAGGCGCCCUUGUCCGCCGACGCGCCCAAGGCCACGCUCCUGCAAUGGCUCCUUGAUGGACUGAACCGCUACAAAUCCGCCUUCGAACGACCAAUCGAGGCGCGCUAUGACAUUGUGCUGCUGGGCGGCGCCAUGGGCUCGCUGUUCAGUCUCCUGCAGGCCAUCGCGUCGCCCUUGAUUGGGGCACUGUCGGAUCGCUACGGUCGUCGCACCGCGCUGCUGGCCAGCAUGACGGGCAACAUUCUCAGCGUCCUGCUGUGGGUCGCCGCGGUGGACUUUCGAACGUUCAUCUUGAGUCGGAUCGUGGGGGGUCUGUCGGAGGGCAACGUGCAGCUGGCUACUGCCAUGGCCACCGACAUCUCCGAUGGGGCCUCGCGUGGAUCGACCAUGGCCAUCAUCGGUGCCUGCUUCUCCAUUGCAUUCACGUUUGGGCCCGGGCUGGGCGCCUAUCUGAGCACCAUUCCCUCCGUGGCUGCCAACCCAUUUGCUACGGCCGCUGGUGUGAGUCUUGGUUUGAUUGUGCUGGAAACAAUCUACCUCUACUUCUGUCUACCGGAGACCCUCCCUGCGCUGACCGGGAACGCCCCCGAGAAGAAGGAGGAGAAGAAAUCCAAGGUCUCCGUGGAGCGCACAAACUCUCACUUCCUGCUGAAUGCGGUGCACUUCGUGUUUCUCCUUUUCUUCUCGGGUAUGGAAAGCUCGCUGUCGUUCAUGACGUACGAGUUAUUCGCGUUCGGGUCCUCGAAGAACGGCAGGCUGCUGGGCUUCGUUGGUUUGGUGGCCUCUCUUCUCCAGGGUGGUGUCACUCGUCGCCUUCCCGCCCUCACAUCGGUGCGCACGGGUGUGAUCUCGUGCCUGGCCGCGUUCGUCUUGCUGGGGAGGGUGUCGACGAUUGGGGGCCUGUAUGCGGCCGUGACGUGUCUGGCCGUGACCUCGGCCACCGUGGUCACCGGACUGAAUACCCUGAGCAGCUUUGAGGCGAGCGAGAACGAGCGAGGCGGCAAGCUUGGGAUCCUUCGCAGCUGGGGCCAGCUCGGUCGAGGGCUUGGCCCGAUCUUGUUCACGAGCGUGUAUUGGUGGGCGGGUAGAGAGGUGGCGUACAACAUGGGCGCUGCUGGUAUGGCGGUUGUCGCGGCGGCAGUAUUGUUGGGUCUCAAGACACCAAAGGGGGCGGAGCGGGUCAAGGCUGGGAAGAAGACUCAAUAG